AUGGAUUCAAGGAUGGGCGAAGACGUUGAGGGUCUGAAAACAGAGAAGAAGGUCGAAGAGGGAGGUAUGAACCAUAAUAACUCUAAGGUGAAAGGUACAGGAAGUGUUAGUAGCAAAGAUAUGAUUUUUCGAGCAGACAGAAUCGAUCUCAAGAGCCUUGAUGUACAGCUGGAGAAGCAUUUGAGCAGGGUCUGGUCAAGGAACAACGUUGAGAAGCAAAAUCCUAAGGAAGAGUGGGAAAUUGAUCUCUCUAAGUUGGAUAUAAAGAACCAGAUUGCCCGUGGGACUUAUGGGACUGUUUAUAAGGGGACAUACGAUAAUCAAGAUGUUGCAGUGAAAGUACUGGAUUGGGGUGAAGAUGGGAUGAUCACAGUAGCUGAAGCCGCUUCUCUCAGGGCAUCGUUUAGACAGGAGGUGGCAGUUUGGCAUAAGCUCGAUCAUCCUAAUGUAACAAAGUUUGUUGGAGCAUCAAUGGGAACUUCGGAUCUCAAGGUUGCAAACAAGCAGUCUGAUGGACAUACCGCGAGGGCAUGUUGUGUCGUUGUUGAGUAUCUUCCAGGAGGAACACUCAAACAAUACUUGAUACGAAAUAGGAGGAAGAAGCUUCCCUAUAAGGUUGUGAUACAACUUGCUUUGGAUCUCUCUAGAGGUCUCAGUUACCUACACUCAAAGAAGAUCGUCCAUCGUGAUGUGAAAUCAGAGAACAUGUUGUUGGAUGGUCAGAGGAAUCUUAAGAUUGCUGAUUUUGGUGUUGCUCGAGUUGAAGCUCAGAAUCCAAGUGAUAUGACUGGCGAAACCGGUACCCUUGGGUACAUGGCCCCUGAGGUGCUUGAUGGGAAGCCGUACAACAGAAGGUGCGAUGUUUACAGCUUCGGCAUAUGCUUGUGGGAAAUCUACUGCUGUGAUAUGCCAUAUCCAGAUCUUAGCUUUGCCGAUGUCACAUCUGCUGUCGUUCGAAAUAAUCUACGACCCGAGAUCCCGAGGUGUUGCCCAAGUUCACUGGCGAACAUCAUGAAGAAAUGUUGGGAUGGACAUGCGGAGAAGCGUCCGGAGAUGGCUGAGGUUGUCAAGAUGUUGGAAGUCAUUGACACGAGCAAAGGAGGAGGGAUGAUCCCUGAAGACCAGAACCCAGGCUGUUUCUGCUUUGCCCCAACUCGUGGCCCUUGA